AUGGCGCGUGGCAACCAGAGAGACAAAGCCAGAGAGAAGAAUUUGGCCAAACAGGCACAGGAGAAAUCCAAAACCACAGCCUCAGGAACACAGCAACAGCGUGACAAGGAAACUGCGGCGGAGAUUAUGAGGAGGAAGCAGGCCGAGGGUAUGUCUGAUCGAUUCAUCAUUGAAGAAAGGGCUCUGAGAUUGCUAACUCACACUUUCUGA